UUCGGCCCCUCUUGAAGCUUCCUUAUUCUUCUUCUGUUUCUUGUCCUUCUCUAAGACUAAUUAUUCACGGAAACUACGCUUCUUCAUCUCUUUCAUCUUCACACUCUAGGGUUUCCACUGUUCUGAUUCACGAAGUAGCUUCCAUGUCCGGGAACUCCAAUUGCACCGUCUACGUAGGUAACGUAGACGAGAGAGUAAGCGAAAGGGUUUUGUAUGAUAUAUUGAUUCAAGCUGGAAGAGUUAUCGAUCUACACAUUCCUCGAGACAAAGAAACAGAUAAACCAAAAGGCUUUGCAUUCGCCGAGUAUGAGACUGAAGAGAUCGCCGAUUACGCCGUCAAGCUCUUCUCCGGUCUUGUUUCUCUUUACAAUAGAACUCUGAAAUUCGCUAUAUCUGGACAGGACAAAUCAUCGUCUAAUUCUGGACACAGGAUAAGACCUCAGUCACUGUCAUUCGAGCAUUCGGACAGAGCUCAUUACCAUUCGGAGAGAUUAUUGUCACAAUUGGUUUCUCCACCUUCUCCUCUGCCUCUGGAUUACUAUCAAGAGCCGCCUCCGCCAGGAGUAUCUACGCACUCGAAUGGAGCCAGUUUGGAGUACAGUAGAAGGGUUCUAGGUUCUGCCUUAGAUAUCAACCAUUCACGACCACGUCGCUACUGAACUAGUGAUCACUGAUCACACUUCCCUGCUUUUUUGGUGUAAUGAUUAAUGAUGAUUGAUCUCAUGAUUCAUCCCAAAAAAAAAGAAGGAGAUCGAGAAGACGAAGUCAUCAUUGCAAAGACCCAUGGAAAGAAAAGAACACAUCAAACUGGAAGUUCAGUAGAACUGAUGUAACUUAUUUCCCCUUAAAAGACAGAUAGUCUCUGUGUUGUAUUCUGUAGAACAAGUUUUCAAAUCUUUAACUGUUACAAUAUAGAUUAUUGGCAAUAGCAGGAUUUACAUUUGCAAUUGCA